GGCGUUCCCCAAGCUGGGGCUCGGCUGCUCGGCUCUUGGUGCUCCGGGUGGUCUCAGGCGCCCCUGCGGCCACGAUGCUCAACGUAGUGCACUUCCUUCGGAGUUUCUUCAAGACUCCAGAGCCAGAUACACCCCUGCCAGUUGAAGGUGAGAUUGAAGAUAAUCAGCUUCCCCCAUCCCCUGCAGAACCAGAGGAGCAAGGAUGGAGCCAAGAGACAGACCACGAUGACUUUGAGACUCUGUCCCAUCAGAGUGAAAGUCGAUCAGACACAAAAACCGACCCCUUUGAAAGUGCCUCUGACACAGAGUCUCUGUCAGGUGACCUCACAGCAGGAGUCUGCUUCCCUUCAAGUGGUAUCUCUGUUGACAGAGAAGCAGGUUGGCAGUGUCCUGAUGCCCCAGCAACUGGACCUCUCCAGGAGCAGCGUUUGACUUGUGUCUUUGAGCUCGAUGCAAAGAAAGAACUAGAUUUGUCCCCUGACUUAACGGAAGAAUCUUACAAAAUUGAGUUGCACGCCUUGGCCACAGUUGCUGGGGAAAAGGAGGAAGAACCCCUCUGGGACUGUGUGACCAGCCUGGACCAAGAGUUUUUGCUGGCAGAGUGCUGCUUGCAAGGUGUCACUGGCAACAGCAGUCCCCAACCUGUACAGAGGGUGACUGUUCAAGACUUUAGGGGGCCCCCUGUUGCUUCUCAGAAAUCCAAGUCUGAGAGCUGUCUGGACAUCCCUAUGAUCUGGCCCUACUUUGUCCAGUACUGUGAAGUAGGUAGGAGUUGGCCAUAUAUCCACAGCAGGGCACCGGUGCUACCUCGUAUAGGCUCACUGGACAACACAAUCCCCCUUGGGACCAGGACAAAGAAGGAAAGUACUCCAGGCCCCACAGUGGAUGCAGAUUUUCUCUGGGCCCAGCCCUACUUGAAUGCCUCCUGCCAGCCUCCUUUGGGGAUAUCUUUCCCUUUAAACACCAAGCAUCACCAUAGUGCCCCAGAAAAUAUUGGCGAUAAGGGCAGGGCAUCCGGAGAGCACUGGUGUCAGCACAUGAGCACACUGGUCAAGGCCAAUUCCAUAGCAGGGUUUCCCUUAAGUUCCCCUGGGGAUCCUGUGAGGCAGAACUCUGUAAAGUUUGGAACCCAUUUGAGGGAAGGGACAGAAACAGAAGAAGACUCAAGGACACAAAACACCCUUCCUCCUGCUCCCACCCAGCUGUCUGAUUUACUUCCAGCUUCCCAAAGUAACUGUCUUCAUUUGCAGGAUCAUAACAGACCCAGUGGUUGUAGCUUGAAAAGGGCUUCUCAGGACACACCCUCUGCAGGUCUCCCACAGGAAAACCAGUUGGGACAGGAUGCUAGGUUAUGCCCAGCCACUUCAUGCCUUACUUCAGAAUUGGUGAAGCUUGGCAGCCAAGAGGAAGGGCCUGGGCCCACUGAGUGCAAGCUGGGACACGGCCCAGAGAGCAGACCUGAGGAACCCCAAGGCACUUGCCCUACGCCAAGCCCUGCUGAUGUGAGCAAUAAACAAGAGCACCUGCAGGACAUUUUGGUCCAGGCAGGGAACCAAACCAGUAAUUACACAUCAAAGUCUGUUCUCAGUGAGAAAAGACAGUUGCCUACUGGAGCCAACUUCCCACCUCAUUGUAGCGGUGGUGGGACUCAGGUGUGGAACAGAGACUUGCUUGGCUGCUGGGAAGUGAGUGCUAGCUCAGAUGCCCCACAGACCACCCUGAAAUCAAGUGCAAUAGACAUUUCAAAGGAAGCCGAAGAGGAGAUGGUUCUAGACUUCAAAUGCAAGAAAAAUGACUUGCAGUGUAGUUCCGAAUUCCCAGAAGCCACUGUGUCUCACUGCAACCCUGGGGAUGGCGAGUGUGAUCAAGCACUGGAGGAUGGCCUCAGGCCCCUGCAGGUGGAAACUCAAACAGGGCCAGACUCUAGGGGCCGGGGCACCCUUAUCAUUAUAGGUGUGGAGCAGAAAGGUCAGCAGGCCACAAGGAGGAAAGAGGGCCUGCUUUCUGAAUCACAUCCCCUUGACUUUCUAGAAAACAGAGUAGAAUUUUCCCUAAAUGCUGGCUUGACCCCCUGUGAGCUUACCAGGGCAUGGAAAACACCAGAUUGUGGCAAUGAGUGUGGCCUGCCAGCAGUUUCCACAUUGGGAACCAGUGACAGUGCUCCUCAGUGUCUGGCUCAAGGCUCAGAGCUUGGGGGAGUUCCAAUCCCCCGAGCUGAUUCAGUAGAGACAGAGCCUCCAGAAGAGAAUCUGUGUGGGAAGAGCCCAAUUGCUGGACAGGAGGGCUCACACCAGGUCAUAGGUGUCCAGCCCAUAGGGAGCCAGGGACCACCAAACCCGGAAAACAAGCAAGGGGAGCCCAGCGAGGAGGUUUUGGAGAGCGUGGCAGUCUCCAGAGAAGGGGACCUGGAGGCUCCUGAAGGCACUGCUGCUGGAGAUGUGAAGUGCUCCUGUUCCCCGGCCUCUGGCUGCGGCCCGGGACUCCAGUCUCCUGGACCUCCCCACCUGCUCCGCAAGAUCUCCCAGGAGCCGGGGAAGCGCCUGACGUUUCUCAAGGUGAGCUCUUUCAGGAAGGGCAAGACCUCAGCCACAGCAAGCCCUGGAAAGGCCACACCAGGUGCCCUGGCCCUGAGUGCAGAGAGCCACGCCAAGGGCUCUUGGGGCACAGAGGAACUCCAGGCUGAGAACGCUGCAGAUGCUGCUGGUUGGGCUGCCACACCUGCGCACCACGUGGGUGGUUCUGCUCCUCCUGAGGCCAUCCUCCUGGUCGCAAGCGGAGGGGCUGCAGAGCUGGGAGAAGCAAGACCUGUGGGGACACCGGGAGACCUUUGUAGCAGACCUUCUUCAGAAAACUGCAACACAAAGAGACUCAAGACACCAGAGCGAACGCUCAGAGCAAGGUUGGCCUCAGCUCAUAAGACAUUUUCAAGUUUUUUUGAGUCAAAAGUUUUAGAAAAAGAGAAUGCGGAAGAGUGUUCUCCGGGUUCUCCCAAGGGCGAAAAGGGGAAGAGCAGGUCACGCCAGACCUCCUGGCUUCCAUUUCUGAAGAGCAAAGAUGCGGAAGGCCCCAGAAGGCCAUUCGUGGUAAGUCUGCUUCCAGGACCAGAAAUCCCGGAUCCCAUCUGCCCUUCCCCAGUGGCCAGCAGCCACUGUGAGGAGUGCGCCGAGGACACCCAGAGCUAUGUUUUUAGAGACCACUGGGCCCCCUCCCAUCCCACCGCACCUUUGUCAUCCAGCAGUUUAGUCUCUCCCGAACACAGGAGGAAAAGUGAACCAACCAUCAAAUGCACAGUCCCCCAGGAGGGUGGUCGGUACCUCCCUUCUGUUAUCUUCCCUGAAGAGUCUUGGCUUGCGUGCCCCCCAAGCCCUGGAGCCCAGCAGGUGGGCAUCGGUCACGCCCUUCCCUGCAGCUCUGCCUGUUGCUUGGCCUAUGAAAACCAAGGCAUGCCCUGCAGACCCAUGAGUCCCAAGCCCCGGAGUCCCAGGCCUGGUGCCCAAAGGGCCAAUCUCCGCUACCCCGGCAGGACUAGCGCCGUCUCCAUGGUUUCCCUUGGAAGCUACAGUGAAGUGGACGACUGUUCAGAGGCUCCUGAAAGGCCCAGGACUCCCAAGUCCCGGAAAAGCCUCCUACUUUCCCUGCAGACACUAAACCAGGACGACCAGAAGGAAGAGAGCGGGAGAAGAAGCCAGCACCACCGUGGCCUGGCUGCAGCACCCUCCCUCAGAGACCUUCCUGGGACUGAGAAUCAUGUGUCAUGGGAAGAACCACCAGAGGAUGUCCUCAGCGAGAACUUUUCACAGCCCAGGAGGGUUGCAAAGCACUCACACAUCAGUUUGGAUGACCUAUGGUUGGAGAAGACACAGAGAAAAAAGUUGGAGAAGCAGAUACAGGUUGGAAGGAAGACGUGCACAGGGAUAGUGCACCCAGACAAAGUCCAGUGUUGGAGGAAGACAAGUAUCACAUCUCCAGAGUCUCUGCAUCUCCGUAAAAGAAGUCAUCUGCUCUCCCAGAGUGCCCCAAUGGGACUGAACCACCUGGACUGGUCAGAGCAUACACCUGACACCGCCAUGCCGGAUGGAGCUCUGGACACGACUGUCCGUGCUGAGGAGGCGGGGAGUGAGGAGGACCUGUAUGAGGACCUGCACAACUCUGGCCACCACUACAGCCACCCUGGAGGGGGCGGCGAGCAGCUGGCCAUCAAUGAGCUCAUCAGUGAUGGCAGUGUGGUCUGUGCAGAAGCUCUCUGGGACCAUGUCACCAUGGACGACCAGGAACUGGGCUUCAAAGCUGGGGACGUCAUCGAAGUGAUGGAUGCUACCAACAGAGAGUGGUGGUGGGGCCGAGUUGCCGAUGGCGAGGGGUGGUUUCCAGCCAGCUUUGUGCGGCUACGGGUGAACCAGGACGAGCCCGCGGAUGAUGAGACCCCACAGACUGGCAAUGGCAAGGCUGAGGAUGGUGGAACAGAAGCACAGAGCAGCAAAGACCAGAUGCGGACAAACGUCAUCAACGAGAUCCUCAGCACUGAGCGGGACUACAUCAAGCACUUGCGAGACAUCUGUGAGGGCUACAUCAGGCAGUGCCGCAAGCGUGCAGACAUGUUCAGUGAGGAGCAGCUGCGCACCAUCUUUGGGAACAUCGAGGACAUCUAUCGCUGCCAGAAGGCAUUUGUGAAGGCCCUGGAGCAGAAGUUCAAUAGGGAGCGCCCACACCUAAGCGAGCUGGGUGCCUGCUUCUUGGAGCACCAAGCAGACUUCCAGAUCUACUCGGAAUACUGCAACAACCAUCCCAACGCCUGCGUGGAGCUGUCCCGGCUCACCAAACUCAGCAAAUAUGUGUACUUUUUCGAGGCCUGCCGGCUGCUACAAAAAAUGAUCGACAUCUCCCUGGAUGGCUUCUUGCUGACUCCAGUGCAGAAGAUCUGCAAGUACCCACUGCAGCUGGCUGAGCUGCUCAAGUACACCCACCCUCAGCACAGGGACUUCAAGGAUGUCGAAGCUGCUCUGCAUGCCAUGAAGAACGUGGCCCAGCUCAUCAACGAACGGAAACGGAGACUUGAAAACAUUGACAAGAUUGCUCAGUGGCAGAGCUCCAUAGAGGACUGGGAGGGGGAAGAUCUUUUGGUCAGGAGCUCGGAACUCAUCUACUCGGGGGAGCUGACUCGCAUUACACAGCCUCAAGCCAAGAGCCAGCAGAGAAUGUUUUUUCUCUUUGACCACCAGCUCAUCUACUGUAAGAAGGACCUGCUUCGCCGGGACGUGUUAUACUACAAGGGCCGGCUGGACAUGGAUGGCCUGGAGGUGGUGGACCUGGAGGACGGGAAGGACAGAGACCUCCACGUGAGCAUCAAGAACGCCUUCCGGCUGCACUGCAGUGCCUCAGGGGUCAGCCACCUACUAUGUGCCAGGAAGCCUGAGCAGAAGCAGCGCUGGCUCAAGGCCUUUGCCAGGGAGAGGGAGCAGGUGCGGCUGGACCAGGAGACAGGCUUCUCCAUCACUGAACUGCAAAGGAAGCAGGCCAUGCUGAAUGCCAGCAAGCAGCAAGCCACAGGGAAGCCCAAAGCUGUAGGCCGGCCCUGCUACCUGACACGCCAGAAGCACCCACUAUUGCCUGCCAGUCGGCCCCAGCAGCAGGUCUUGGUGCUGGCGGAGCCCAGGCGGAAGCCAUCCACCUUCUGGCACAGCAUUAGCCGGCUGGCACCCUUCCGCAAGUGAGCCAGUACCCUCCUGACAGCACUUUGUGGACCUGCCCACCCUCGGCCCCCAGCUUUUCCUCCUUGAGGACCACUCCAUCUGGCCAUCCUCUCUGCCUAAGAAACUGGAAGUGUGCAGGUGUUGGUGCCCCCAGGAGGUACCGGGUUUGUGCUCCCAUCCUUGGUUUCUUCCCUGCUGCUGGUGAAUGAAGUGACCAGCUGGGAGAGACAGCGCCCUGGCACAUACAAACCCCUCCUACAGCCUGUUGACUCUCUCCCAGUCUGUCCACACUACGGACCUGUGUGAGGCCUUCACUGACCAGGAGCCUAGGAACCACAGCUCAGAACCACUUACCAGGUUGACGUGCAGAAGGCUCUAGCUGCUUUGGACCCUCUUCUUUGGAAACCUGAUCAUCCUCACUCCUAUUUUCUUCAGGCAGGAGAGACCUACUCUAUGGCCAGUGGCGACCUACAAAUCUGGGCUGUGUCCCCCCAGGCCACUUGCAACUCCACUUGCAACCAUGGAGUGCAGGAACCAGGAAUUCUGUGCCCAAAUAUCUGGCCCAGACCUGCCCUUUUUACCUCCCAGCCCUUCUCUAGAUACUGCUGGUCACCCUCUUCACUGGUGAUGUUGUGUAGUGGGAAGAACAAAACCAUAUAGUCAGCCCAUACUUUGGUCCAAGUUUCGUGACCAGUCCAUCUGUAGCUGUGGGGUUGCUGCAGAACCACUUGGUUCCUGUUUUUGUUUGGGUUUUGUCCUCGUCUUUCUAACAAUGAUGAAAAACAAUUAAUUGUUGUUAGUGACACAGAAAGAUUGCCUUACCCUAGUGAGCGUGAGAAGCCAUAAGGACUGAAUUCUUGGGCCCAGCAUCCAGACUGACCUGACACUCCAGGCAACGGACAUGUGGUGAGGGCACCCACAUCCUGCCCAGGGGCUCCAGGAGCACAGCCAGGGCCUGGCAUGUCAGUGUGGAACCCUACAGGAUUCAGCAGCAUGGACAGUCACUCUUGCACUAUACCUUCUCCAAGCCAGAAGCCACAUUUAAUUUCAUAAAGAAACAUGUGAAAAGUAACCUGGCUGCCAACCAUUGUUUUCUGUUGGUAUGUGUGCAUUUUUCUUGUGUGUGUGCUCCCAUUCUUUCUGUGCCUGGCCUUUCCCU